AUGGACGACGACGACGAGAAGAAGCCGCCGGACCCGUCGCCCUUUGGGGUCUACUACGCGCGGCUGCUGCACCAGCAGAACAUGCUCCAGGACGCCGUGCGCACGGAGACGUACCGGCGCGCCAUCGUGACCAACGCCCCGGACCUCACGGGCAAGGUCGUGCUCGACGUCGGCGCCGGCACGGGCAUCCUCUCCUUCUUCGCCGCGCAGGCGGGCGCGGGCCGCGUCUACGCCGUCGAGGCGUCCGGCAUGGCCGAGAAGGCCGCGAAGCUCCUCUCCGCGGACGCGGCCUGGGACGCGAUGGACAAGGACUUCCGCGUCCACGUCGUCAAGGGCAAGGUCGAGGACGUGACGAUCCCCGAGCACGUCGACGUCAUCGUCUCCGAGCCCCUCGGCGCGUUCGUCCGCGUCCGUUUCCUGCUCGUGCACGAGCGGAUGCUCGAGGCGUUCGUCGCCGCGCGGGACCGGUUCCUGCGGCCCGGCGGGCUCAUGCUGCCGUCGACGGGCACGAUCCUCGUGCAGCCCGUCACGGACGGCGCCCUCUGGCAGGAGCAGGAGGCCAAGGCGGCGUUCUGGCUGGCGAGCGAUUUCCACGGCGUCGACCUCACGCCCUUGCACGAGGACGCGCUCGAGGAGUACUUCAGCCAGGCCGUCGUGGGCUACUUCGCGCCCGAGUCGGCGCUCUGCGAGACGGCGGCGGCCUACAAGUUCGACUUCGCCACGUGCACCGUCGCGGAGCUCCGCGACUUCGUCGUCCCGCUCGACUUUUUGAUCACCAAGACCGCGAUCAUGCACGGCGUGGGCUGCUGGUUCGACACGACCUUCGACGGCUCCGUCGAGCGCGUCGUCCUCUCCACGUCGCCGUCCAUGCCCGGCACGCACUGGUACCAGAGCCGGCUCCUGCUCCGACGACCGAUCGCCGUCAACGCGGGCCAGCGCGUCACGGGCACGCUCGACUUCAAGGCCAACGACCGCCUCUCCUACGACGUCACGCUCGCGCUCCACCUCGAGGGCACGGACAUCGCGUCGUCCCAGGUCGUGCGGCUCGACGACCAGAUGUACCACUACCUCGCGCCGGGCCAGGUCGCCAUGCAGCCCGGGUGA